AUGAUCCGGGGCCACGGGCGGGGCCCGGCGCCGAGAGCGUCGGUGGAGUGCUUUGCUCGGAUGGUGGCGCGCGGGGACGCCGUGCCCGAUGGGUACACGUACUCCCAUCUCCUGACCGCGUGCGUGCGGUCGGGCUUGUUCGGCGAAGGGCUGCAGGUGCACGGGCGGGUUGUGAGGGAUGGGUAUGCUGCCAAUCCGUUCCUGGGGGCGAAUUUGGUGAAUUUGUACGCGAUGGGUGGAGGGGAGCGCGGGAUGGAGGAUGCGCGCAGGGUGUUCGACGAUAUGGGCGAGAGGAAUCUCGUGUGUUGGAAUUCGUUGCUUGCCGGGUAUGUUAGGCGCGGAGACAUGGGCGGUGCGCGGAGGAUGUUUGAUGAGAUGCGGGAGACGAAUGUCGUGUCUUGGACAAUAAUGGUUGCCGGGUAUGCUCGGAACGGAAUGUGUAGACAAGCAUUGAGCGUGUUUAAUGAGAUGCGGAGACUUCGGGUGGAGUUGGACCAGGUGGCUCUGGUGGCUGCGCUGUCGGCUUGUUCAGAGUUGGGAAAUUUGAAACUUGGGCGGUGGAUCCAUUCGUAUGUCAUAGAGAAAGUAUGUGCAAGAAAUCAGCAAUUGUCGGUCACUCUGAACAAUGCCAUUAUCCACAUGUACGCUAGCUGUGGUUCGAUUGAUGAAGCCUACGAGGUGUUCAGGAAUAUGCUGCGGAGAAGCACAGCUUCUUGGACGACCAUAAUCAUCGGAUUUGCGAAGCAGGGGCUUGCGGAUGAAGCUCUUGCGACAUUCCAUAUGAUGCUUAGCAUUGGAGAGCCCAAAGCACAGCCCGACGAGCUAACUUAUAUCGGGGUUCUUAGUGCGUGCAGCCAUGCCGGGUAUGUUGACGAGGGCCGCCGUGUUUUUAAAAGCAUGAGUGCAAGUCAAAGAAUUAUACCGAGAAUCGAGCAUUAUGGCUGUAUGGUUGACCUCUUGAGUCGUGCUGGAUAUUUGGAGGAAGCGUGUUGGCUCAUAGAAAGCAUGCCCAUGGAACCGAAUGAAGCUGUGUGGGGUGCCCUGCUCGGUGGUUGUAGGAUUCAUAAAAAUCCUGAGAUCGCUUCUCUUGUGGCGCAGAGACUAGCGGUUGAGCUCGACCCUGACCGUGCUGCAGGCUAUUUUUUGCUUUUGUUGGAAACAUAUAGGACAUCCAACAGAUGGACAGAUGUGAACGAUAUUAGGCAGAAAAUGAUUGACAUAGGUGCAAAGAAGCCAGCACCUGGCCGAAGUUGGGUUGAGGUCAAUGGAGCCAUUCAUGAUUUUGUGGCCGGUGAUAGGAGCCACAAACGCACGUUUUUUAUACACGAGAUGCUUAGAAAGGUGAAAGUUCAAGCUGAGUUGGGAGGAGACCAGCCAGAUGCAUUGGAUGAGGAAUUGUGUGCUGCAUCCUAG